CCUUAUUGGAGACUCCGGGUAGUCUGAUAAAAAUGGUAUUUAACUACAAAGUUUUAAUUUCCGCUGCUGCUGAUCAUGGCAACCUAAUUCCUGGUCUUCCUGAAUCCCUGGAGCAGAGGACAUGCCCUCCUCCUCCUGCUUUGCCACUGCCCUGCCUCUGUCCCCUCCACCCCACACAUUUCUUAGCUUUGUGUAGAGCUCAGCAGAGAUUUCUCCAUGAAGACUGGAAUGUGCUUAUAUAAUAUUUUAUAUAUUAUUUUAGGCUCCUGCUACUCAAAUGUAGGCAAACACUUAACCUCUUAUUCACCAUCAUUAGACGAACCAUGGAAUUGCUGUAGCAGACAUCAAGUCAGGUGGAUCUAAACCAGCUUCUGUUUUUCCUGCCUGGAAGGUUAAUCCUUCAUCAUUUUCCUGGCAAGUGUGGCUACCAAGAGCAGGUUUCCCAGGCCAGGAGUGUUUAGUGGGAGCGUUGAUUGUGAACCACACCAGUGAAGAGUGCUGGGCUGGGCAUAGUGAGGGCUCUUCUGCGUGGGAGGGAUUGGGAAGGGGGUGAUGUGAGAGGCUCCAUCUCUGCAAAAGCAGGGGUAGGACAACAGUAGGAACGCUGGGCAGAGCUGCUGAAAAGGAGAGAGCAACCUGCUGCACUAAAUCACAUCUCCCCUGGGGACACAGCUCCAUAGUUAGCAUCCUCAAAUGGCAUUCCUUUAUUACGGCAUCAUUGUGCACAGUCCUCUAGAGAGGAAGCAAACGGUCUCUAAAACAAUCUGCUGGCAGCUCAGGCUGGAGUAUUUGAGGUUUUCCAGGGCUCUUUUGCUGUGUCACUCUUCCCUUUAAUGUUCCAGCUUGGAGGUUGUUGUUCUUUCUCCAUCAAAGUGCAUUAAAGUGCCAGUAAGAGUGCUCCAAGGACAAGGUGGAGAAGGCAGCAGCCCAGGGAGAACAAGAGAUACUGCAGAACAGCUUUGUUUCGGUGUAAUCUGUCUUAUCUGCAUGUGAUGCAAAGACAGGGCAGUUUCCACAAGACUUGGAGGCUGCGUGGUGACAUGUUUUCUGUCCUUUUAUAAAAUCCACCACGUUAUUUUGAUUAGAGCGCUAACGUAACUCCUGGCAGCCUCAAAUCUCACUGCUAGCAGCUACUUCCCUCCAAAGGCUGAUGUGGUGCUAACAAGCAGGGAGAUCUUGGGCGUCCUGUUUACAUGGAGCUGGGAAGACAGCGUGUUCCGUGGGAGGCGCCAAGGUAGCGCUGCAGUCGGAUAUAAGGUGAAAAAACUCCAUGUGUACAGACAGGCUGUGGUGGGGCGUGUUCAUUUGUGUUUGGUGGUGUUCAGGAACUCCAGCUGCAACACUGGCAUGAUGAUUUUUUAGGUGGCAGAGACACGGUGGGGCAGGCAGAGCUGAUGGGGGAGCCUGGGGUGUAGCCCAGGAUGGACUGGCUGUGACAACGACGUGCCUUAGCCGGAGAGGUCGUUACCAUGAAGAGUUCCUGCAGAGCUGGCCUCCACAGGGAACAACUGAAUUCUACAUCCUCCACCUUCCAUCAGGUCAAACGGGUUUCUGGUAUGCACUUAAAGCCAUAUCUCAAGUUACAGAAGAAAGAGCGAUCCCCAGAAAUAAGCCAGGAUUCCCUGCGAGGCCACCAGGGACCAGCACAAGGAGAAAAAUACACCAACUGCACCAAACUGAGCGUUUUCCCAAAACCCUCCCUCGUGACUCCAUCUCAAAAGUUCCUGGGGAUUAUUUAUCCAAAUACUAUGUGCAAUAUGAACGGGAAAGGCCCGGCGGACGCUCCAAGUGCAAGAGAAAAGAAGAACUCCCCGUCCGCCACGAUCCACCAGGGAGAAGAAGGGGAAGGGCCGCUGGAUGUCUGGGCUGUGGUGAAACCUGGCAACACCAAGGAGAAAAUCGCCUUCUUCGCAGCCCAGCAGUGCAGCGGCGGCACCCGCACGGGCUCCAUGAAAAUCAAGAGCACGUGGGACAUCGACGGGAGAACGGCCAAACGCAGGAAAAAAUCGGUGGAUCUUAAAAAAGCCAAAAUCCAACUGGAAAGGAUGAGGGAGGCCAACGCCAGGUGCUCCCAGCCGGAGCCGUUCGCCUGCGGCAUCGAGCACUGCUCGGUGCACUUCGGGAGCGACGGCGGCGAGGGCGCGUUCCCGGGCCGCUCGCUGUCGGUCAUCGAGAUGGUGGCUUUCCUGGAGCAGCGGGCCAGCGCCCUGCUGGUGGACUGUGCCAAGACCUGCACGGCCGCCCCGGCCGCCAGGCUGAGCGCCCAGCCCAAGGCCGCCCCGCCCGGCUCCGAGCCCUUCUCGCCGGCCGGGGCGUGCGAGGCGCCGGCGGAGCCGCAGGGCGAGCCCGUGCGCGUGCUGGACAUGGUGGCCAGGCUGGAGUCCGAGUGCCUGAGGCGGCAGAGCGAGCAGCGGGAGGCCGGGAGCCUCUCCCGCAACAACAGCUUCCGCAGGAACGUGGGCAGGGUGCUCCUGGCCAGCGGCACCCAGCCCGAGGGAGAGGUGGGGAAGGGGGUCCCGGCUCAGGGGCACGGCCUGGGGGAGGCAGGGGUGGCGGAGGCGGGGUACGGGGGUCGCUGCGACCCUCUGGGUGACACCGAGCUGUGGGAUGGCGGCGCCUCUGCCCAGCAGCCGUUUCCUUCGGGGCUGGAUACCCGGGUGGGGAAUGUGAAUUCGGGACUUGCCCACGCGGUGUUGGCGAUGACGGCUGGCAGGAAUGACACUGAAACACGGAUUGAGCCUCCCAGGGCUCUGCUGUCCCCGUGUCCCACUGCUGCCAGGCUGCCACCGGAUCCCUUGCAGGGCAAGAACACGACUGUUGAUUGUACAUCAAAAGAGCCUGUAAUCUUCCCAAAGCAUCCUGCUAGGAAGGAGCCCUUGUGCAUCAGUAUAUCGGUCACCAAGACAGAGGAAGGGUGCAGGAAGGAGAAGCUCUCCAGUUCUGGUGAGGAGUCACUCCCAGGGAGGCUGUUUUUCCUCCAGGGUGAGCAGCCUGCUGCUCAGGAGCAACAGCCACAGCGGGAGGGUACCCAGGAGAAGCCAGAGGAGUUAGCCCAAAACGAGGAUGAGGCUGCUCUGGCAUCUGGUAGAUUGUGUGUCAGAAGCAGUGUCCCUACGGAGCCAUCAGCCCCUUCUGUCCCUCCCGCAGAAGGGGCUUUGCAAGUACUUGACGCCUCCUGCCUAAAGCGGCAGGUUUCACAUGACUUUCUGGAGACCAGGUUUAAAAUCCAGCAGCUUUUGGAGCCUCAGCAGUACAUGGCCUUCUUGCCUCACCACAUCAUCGUGAAGAUCUUCGGGUUGCUUCCCACCAGGAGCCUGGUUGCCCUAAAAUGCACUUGCUACUACUUCAAAUUCAUCAUUGAGUACUACAACAUCAGGCCGGCGGACUCGCGCUGGGUGCGCGACCCUCGCUACCGGGAAGACCCUUGCAAGCAGUGCAAGAAGAAAUACGUGAAGGGGGACGUGUCCCUGUGCCGGUGGCACCCCAAGCCCUACUGCCAGGCCCUGCCCUACGGGCCUGGCUACUGGAUGUGCUGUCACCGCUCCCAGAAGGGCAUCCCGGGCUGCAAGCUGGGUCUCCACGACAAUCACUGGGUCCCUGCCUGCCACAGCUUUAACCGCGCCAUCCACAAGAAAACCCGAGGAGCGGGAGCAGAGGUGGAAGAGGAAUAUUAGUGCACAAACACUUUUCCUGCAAGAUUGUUUGGGAGAGGAGGAGGAGGAGGAGGAGAUUCUCAUGCCUUGUGCUGUUUACAGUGUAUAUAAUUGUCGUGAUUUUUUUUUGUUUUUUCCACAGGGCUAUGAAACUGCACAUAUUCGAACACAAGAGCCUUUACCUUUUAGAUUAAAAGAGAGCUUUUAGUCCAUCUCUGUAAAUAACACUAUAAAAACUAAUUGUACAUACAGAGUCUACAGCUGGCUGAACAAGGUAACCCCUACAAUGCAGCUAUCCCAGUGUUGCGGCUAUAGGUGUGUGUGUGUUUUUAAGUGUCUUGUUUCAAAAUCUGUAUAUCCUGUAUAAUAUAUGAAUGUUUCUGAGAAGAAACUCUAAAUAGGUAAAGGUCAACUUGUUUAAAGAAGCUGCAGACAACUUAACUGGACAACCUGAAACUUAGACUAUAGAACAGAUCCAUUAUAGUAGCGUGGCAGUGGAUUAAAAAAGAAAAAGAGGAAUAUUAUUGUAUAGUCAGAAUAUAAAAAAAGUUCUUGUCUACCUUACCCAUGUUGUCUGGUUGGGUUUUUUUUUUACAUCAAUAAAAUGUGCAUUCUAGAUCUGCCUUACCAGACUUUCUCUUGUAAGACUUUUGCCCCAAAAUAAAAGUGCUGUAAAACACGUGGCA